AUGGCUACUGAAGAAGCUGUGCCAACUGCGGCCGUGGCGGUGGCGGGGGCGCGAAACGACCAGUCUGCGGACGGUCCGGGGCGAGGUAUGUCGCGUCGCCCGCACCCCCGACCGCGCCUACUCUCGCGUCCUUGCCGGCAGGCUGAACCACCGCCGCCACCAGACCCAGCGCCUCCUCAACCACCACCCAUCACCGAACAGCCGCCGUCAGAUGACGAACGAGAGCCCGGUGAUUGGCGAUCGUCCCGACCGGCAUCCCCACCACAACGCACUGACGACAUCUCCGAAGGUUCUGAAAUCACAACACGCCCGAAUCGAACAGAACCAACGUCCCGAUAUGCUAAUCUUAAUUACUGGAAGGCCAGACGUGUCACUUUCUACCGAAAUGGUGACCCUUUUCAUCCUGGUGUUGAGUUUCGUUUCAAGCCAGGAAGAGAUCUGGCAUCAAUGGAUGCACUGCUUGAUAGAUUAUCAGAGAGGCUUGAAUUGCCGAGAGGAGCGCGGUUUAUCUUUGGCAUGGACGGUGACAGAAAGUAUAGGCUUGAGGAGCUGGAGGAUGGUGCGUCAUAUGUCGUCUCGUCCUACAAAACUUUUAAGGGCUACCACGGCCUUGCAGAUGUGGGUCGCAGGAUAAGGCCCACGCACUCUUCCAAGACUCCAUAUUUGCAUUUUGAUUACUUACACUGUACUAUUUCGGCUCUUUGA